GUGUGUUUCAUCCGAUUCCCAAAUCCGGUGACACAUCGCGAGAGGUGCGAGAAGUGGGUGAAGGCCUGCGACCGACCCCUUGAGCUCACCAUCGAUUGUGUCACCGAUAAGACCUACAUCUGUUCCAAACACUUCCUCGGGGGUAACGGUCCCACCAAACAGAGUGCCGAUCCCUUGCCUCUCAAACAGCUCUUGGCGGCCAAUCAGUUGUCAAAUGCGAGCCAAUCGUAUGACACGACACCGGAAGCCGAAGAGCGAAACGGUUUCUUAAGAGCGGAUCUGAAUUGCAUUCAAAACACUAAUGAAUCUCAAUAUAUAACGAAUAUAUUAAACACAAACCACUCGUAUAUUCGCGACAAUCACUUGAAUUCAACGCAAAGUGUUGCCAAUAAUCGCAAUGUAAUGACCACUUCCUGCGCGAUGAUCAACGACCACAAAGUGGUGGACAUCGACAGCAGUGAUAAUAGUAUUGACUUUAACAACGAGUCGAUCGCAGACUCGCUGUUAAUGCCGACGAUGACGACAAACGUGUCUCAAAUGACGCCCCAAUUAGUGCCACAAAACGCCGAUAACCACAACACGAGUCAUCAUAAGCCGCAGGAAGUGAUCAACAAUUCUUUGCCACUCAUUAUCAUUCCGUCCGCCAAUCAGAUGAUUAGCUCAACAUUUUCG